GGGUGGCCGGGCUGGACUGCCCAUCACCGGAUCACCGAGAUGACCAUAGAGGAGUGCCAGAGAAGGACAAGCCACAGAUGUUUGACGACUUGUUGCGACUCUCAGCUUCAGCCACCCAUCAGUCCAGGGGCAUCAUGCUGUGGGGCUUCUGGAGAACAAACUGGAUGUCCCGACCCGAGUCAGCUCUCUGUACUGGAUCGGACUGCACCCCUAAUGACACUGGCAAACGUGUCCACCAGCUCAUACAAACUGAAUGGCGGACACGAGAGACCCAUGACCUACAUAAAGGUCAAACUAUACACAUCCGAGGAUUUAAAGGACACUACACGUUGCGUGAACAGAGCACACUGGUCACGUGAUCCACGAGGAGAACUUCUAUCACGGGCUACAAGGGGACAGACCGCUGAAAGCAUCACUUUCUCAGGAUCUAGUUCUCGUCCGCAUGUGAAUCAAAUUCUGGUCGGCUAAAACGAGACAGAGGCAGCAAAUACUUUAAAAAAAUGUGUAUAUCGAUAUAUCAUUCCCUUGUAGCGAAUUAAACCAUAACCAGUUUCUGCUUGGAUUAAAUCACAAAAA